GCGUGGCUGAGAGGGGGUGCCGCCGCCGCUACUGCUUCUGGGUUCAAACGGGGAAGGGAGGAAUAGUGCCUUUUUGAUUGAUUUAUGUUGAGGGGGAGAGGGGCAAUAGGAAAGAGAGAUUAAGAGGGAGAGAAUGGCGGAAAGGGAGAGGUUUCGCAUGGAGCACCGCCGUUGCUGAGAGUUGCAGUGGCGGUGGUAGAAAACAAGGGCGAUGGAAGGGGACAAUGCCAGAAGAAGAAGAAGCAGAGGAAGAAGAAGAAGAAAAGGAGGAGAAGAAGAAGAACGGAAAAGAACAAAAAGCUGAAGAAGAUGAAGAGAUCGGAUUUAGAGGGGUGCCGCCGCGCUGCUAUGCUUCUGGGUUCGAAUGGGGAAGAAGAUGAACAAUGUUAUGGCUAUUCAAGAAGGAUAAUACCUCUGAUUCGAGGUUCUUCAGGUCUCUGUAGCUGAAUGCAGCUUCCCGCAUUGCGUCUUCUUUUCGAUCUGGCGACUAGGGGAAAUGCUUGAGCACGGCCCUCUCAUCAGCUAGUCUUGGGCAGGUCACCGUUGUGAGCAUGUUGACAUUGGGAGGAAGGAGCACUACCCUCCCGAUUAGAGUCAAAAGAUAAGAUCUCUCCGCGAGGGAUCCGGACGGCAGACAAUAGAACAAUGGAUUUGAUGCACACACACCAACUCUUAUCUGCAGCAGAACAACGGAGUCACUUCCCUCCUCUCUUCAGGAUUCCUCUUGAUCGAACUCCAUGAGGGUCCUGGAGAGCUGCCGAGUAUCUCUGCCACCAGACUCGGCUGCUGAAAAAACGCUUACUCUCACCUUCUUUGACUUGAUAUGGCUGUACCUUCCUCGUCCCUCUCGCCUCUUCUUUUAUGAAUUCCCUCACCCAUCUAACCACUUCACAACCACCAUUCUUCCCAAGCUCAAGCACUCACUCUCUCUCGCCCUUCAAAUUUUCUACCCAUUCGCCGGAAGCCUAACAUGGUCUCCAUCAUCUGCAGAGCCCCAGAUCCGUUGUGUCGAUGGUGAUUCAGUUUCUCUUACUGUUGCCGAGUCAACCGCUGAUGUCAAUCAUCUCUCUGGCAACCAUGCUCGAUAUGCCAACCAAUUUUCCCCUCUGGUUCCUUGUUUGCCAUCACUGUUAGACUCUGACAUCGCCCCAGUAUUGGCUUUGCAAGUAACUGUGUUUCCCAAUUCCGGCUUCUGCAUCGGAAUCACCUCAAGCCAUGUGGUGGCCGACGGUAGAAGCCUUUUUCAUUUUAUUAGGUCAUGGGCAUCGAUCUGCAGCCUUGGAGGAGACUUGUCGCCAUUGUCAGGAUCUCUCCCGUUUUAUGAUCGGACUGUAAUAAAGGAUCCUGAUGGUCUCCUGAAGAAAAUUUACCUGCAAGAGAUUGCAGGAUUCAAAUUUGUAGUUUCCUCCUCCGAACAAGGCGCCGAGCUCCCAGUUGAAAGAUUACAGGCUACAUUUCUGGUGAACCGAACGGAUGUUGACCGACUCAAGCAAUGGCUCUUGGCCCACUGCAACGACAAUGAAACUCAGAUACAAAAAUCGCCAUUACCAUUUUCAACAUUUGUGGUAAUAUGUGCCCUCACCUGGGUUUGCUUGAUUAAAGUCGGGGCUGUCAAGAGUUCUCCCACCAAGACGAUGGAGCACUUCGUUGUUAGUGCAGACUGUAGGGGUCGCCUGGUGGACCCUCCGGUGCCGACUACAUAUUUCGGCAACUGCGUUACUCUGUGUUUCGCAAAAGCAAACAGGGGUGAUUUAAUAGGAGAACGUGGUUUCCCCAUUGCAGCAAAGGCGAUUGCAGAUGCAAUAAGGAGGUUGGAAGAUGGAGUACUGAAUGGUGCAGAGAGAUGGAUUUCGGAGUCAGGAUCACUGGUGGAGGAGGGAGCAGUGACAGUGGCUGGAUCACCUAGAUUUGGGGCUUACGAGGCGGAUUUCGGGUGGGGCAGGCCAAAGAAGCAUGAAGUGGUUGGAAAGGGAGAAGGACACUUCAGUUUCUACGACGGCAGUGAUGGAGAAGGUGCAGUGGAGGUGGGUCUAGCUCUCUCUAAGCCCAAAAUGGAUGCUUUUGCCACUCUUUUUGUCAAUGGUCUCAACGUCGCCCGUAGAAUCCAUGACCGGACGGUCAUGGUAUGAACGGUCGAAGUAAUGUUGUGAUUGUACUUUAUGGCCGUCGAUUUGCUAUUUGCUUCAAAUGAAUGAUGAAUGAGUUCAGUAUAAAUAUCGAUCUGAACAACCAAAUAUAUAUCUAAAGUUCAAAACCACUUGAAUUUACAAAACCAGAAUAAGGGAUUUUUCAAAUUUUGAUUUUCAUAUAACUUUGGUUGUUUUUCAUCUCUUGGCAAGACCUAGCUGGUACCAAGUUUAUUGUAACUGUCAAUUUGGGGGAUAUAAUGUUCACAGUGCAAUUUCAGAAACGAAUGCAUCCUCUUUACAGUUUACACCA